AUGUUGGGGAGUUCAUAUGUUACUUCAAAUGAUUAUUUUGAAGGGAUAGCUCUUUUGUAUAAAAAUUUGAAAGAUGCGGCGGAUGCUUCGGAUCCUAAGCUUCAAGCUAUGGGUAUGAAAAUGAAAGAGAAAUUUGACAAAUACUAUGGGAGUUUGGAUAAAGUGAAUAUGUUGGUGUUGAUUGCGGUUGUGUUGGAUACUAGAGCCAAGUUGAGUUAUGUGAAUUUCUUGUAUGGACAAAUUUAUGAUGAUGAAUUGAAAGUCAAUGAGAUGCAUUACAAGGUGAAGGAUGCAUUGGAGCGUUUAUAUGAAUUUUAUGAACAAUCUUCUCUUGCUUCAAGUGAUAGAAAUUUUGGUGCCCAAAGUUUGAGUGCUAGUAGUAGUGGUUCCAAUGCCGAUGCCGGUGGUAGUGAAGGUAGCAAGAUCAAGAAGUAUGACGUCCAAGCUUGGCGAAAAACCUUUAUGCACUCGAACCAACAAAUGUACAAUGACAACAAAUCUGAGCUUGAUCAAUAUCUUGAAGAAAAAAAUGAAAAUAUUCUUGAUCUUGACCUUUUGAUGUGGUGGAAGACUAGUGGCUCAAAAUAUAAAAUCCUAUCUUUGAUGGUUCGGGAUGUUUUGUCUAUUCCCGUAACUACUGUUGCUUCGGAGUCGACUUUUAGUACAUCGGGUCGUGUGCUUGACGGCUUUCGAAGUUCUUUGACUCCCAAAGUAGUGGAAGCUUUGAUUUGCACUCAAGAUUGGUUGAGAGCCGUUCGUGUGCCGAUUGAUGUUGAAGAGUGCAUCGAAAAUGCAGAAAAAUUUGAGAUGGAUAUGGAUUGUCUGAAUGAGGAGAUUAUCGUCAGUAAAUAGAGUUUACUAGUUGAAGCGGAAUGAAUAUAUGUGGUAGGCUUUCUAAUACUUAUUUUAUUUUACCAAUAAAUUGAUAUGGAUUGUCUUAAUACUUUGGUUGUCUUUGAAGGAGCAGCUAAGGUCGUGUUAUUUGUGAUUCUGCCAAUUAUUUGUGCGUGCCUUUGACCUCGUGGUUGUUUAAAGGAGGAAGAAAUUUAAUGCCGGAGUGGAUACCGAAGAAGCUUUUGGUCUUAUGCUUUUGUGCUUUUGCAGCAUGUAUGGGGAGAAAGGUGAUAUGUAUUGAGAAAAAUGUGGCAUCUUACCUUGGAAUUUAAAGUCAUAUGUAUUGCAUCCCAACAAUUACUAUUUAUCGUGAUAUCACCUUUCUUUUAAGAAAAAAUGUGAC